CUAGCGUCUUAGCAGGGAUUCAAACCCGCGCCGGCCUGCCUGGAAGCCUGGGCUUUUGUUCUCAGCCAAACCGUCUCCACUGCCACUGAUCGCCAGCCCCCAGUCCCAAAGCACUAGUGCAGAACAGCUCUCCCUUUGUCUGAAGGACCCGUGGCUUCCUUAUUACGUCACCCACCCAGUCACAAUUGGGCUGAGUGAGAGCAGAGUGUGGCCCGGCCCACCAGGUCCCCAGGGCAGCCCUGCCAGCCCAGCACAGGCAGGCCCGGCUUCGCCACACACGCACCAUGAAGUACCCGCUGGUGCCGCUGGUGGACGACCUCACAUUUUCUUUCCUGGUCUUCUGGCUCUGCCUGCCCGUGGGCUUGCUGUUGGUCUUGCUGAUCGUCUGGCUACGCUUCUUACUUAGCCAAGAUUCAGAGGAAAAUGACUCAGAUUUAUGCGUUGACUGGGAGCCCUGGAGGCUUAUGUUUUGCUGGGAGGGGACAAUCAAUAGUCAAGAGGAGGAGAAGCCCUGUGGUGAGCCUUUUCAGCCAGACCCAACCUUCCAUGUUUUUCCAGCCUGGUUUUCCUGGAGUCAGCAGAGUGGUCAGUGGCCAAGGUGGAUGGGAGAGACCGACCGGGGAGGGAAGAAGACUGCCAAGGGAGGUGCUUCCCUGGGAUCCCCGACUCGUCUCUUCCACCAAUGGACACACAAAAGCCUCCAAAGGACCCAGCUCUUCGCCCACUACAGACGACCUCCCAGGAUCCCCGGGGAGGAGCCCAAGUCUGUGAAGAUGGGAUAAGCAGGCACAAAGGGAGAAGUUGGCCAACUGAAUUCAGAGGCAGUCCUAGGACAGGGCUGGGCCAGGAGGUGUGGGUCCAUAUUAAAGAAACAAGGAGGUUCCUGUGCUCAGGAGACCCCUAACAAGCCUGCAGGGCUGGCCGCGUCCAUUCAUUGAACAAGCUAUGGGGCCUGGGCCUAACCCCCGGCACUGACUUCAACUGCCCUUGAUCAUCUCCGGGACUCCCUGACUCUCUCCCAUCUGGUCAAAGGAUGGGGGAAUCUUGCUGCCAACUUCCUUUCUCCAAUUUCAGACUCCCUCCUUAAUUAGCCUUUAGGUUGAUUUUAAUAACAAACACUCAUUUUAUAAAUAUCUACAGAGCGUUUACCAUAUGCCUAGUUAUAAAAAUAGCUCACAUUUCAUAAGCACUUACUGUGUACUGUGCUUUUCCAGGUGUUCAUAACAGUUUUUAGCCCUGACAAUUCUCUGAGGUAGGGUGUUUGGUUAUCCCUAUUUUACAGAUGGGGAAAAUGAGGCAAGAAUGGCCAAGUCUCUUGCUCAGUCAUACUGGUGGAGUUGGGGUUGAGCCCAGGCCCGUCAGGGCCUGGUGGAUCCAAUGUGCCAAUCCUUCUCCAUGCUGGAGUGUGGGGGAGAUGGUGGGGAGGCACGGUGUUCUGUCAUUGGAAGAAAUCCCCUGACCUCACACCCUCACUGGCUGCCCAGGGGCAGCAGAGUUGGUGGCAGAAGGGGACAGGCCCUCCAGGUGUCCCCUCCUCUGCCCCCCCAUAUCCCACCAGUCACAACGAGGCUCUUAAACUACCCAGAGGAGAGAGCAAGGAGCCUGAAUUAUUAGCUCGUCUAGAGUUUGGUCUCCCCAGUUCUGCCUUUUCUGCCCUGUCAGAAGGAUCCAUCCAAAGCACAAUUUGGAACAAGUCCCUCCCCCUGCUUAAAGCCCUCUAUGGCUCCCUAUUGUCCUAGGGCUAAAGUCUGAGUUCCUUGUGUUGUGUAGAGAGCUGUCCUUUGGGAGCUGAGCCCCACCAAAUUUGCUGGACAAGGUCUCUGUUCUUACCGACAAGGCUUCAGUAAAUACCCUUGAACUCUUAAAGUGUGCUUCUAUCUAGAGGAUAAAUUCCAUGAGGAGAAAUUAUUGAACUUGAGGUCUGUGCAUUCACAUUUUGCAGCUUUUGCCGGGUUGCCCCCACCAUACGGUAACACCGAGGGUGUACGUUAAAGUGCCUGUUUCCCCCAGGCCUUGGCCCUACUAGGGCCUAUCACACACAUAUUCUCUCUUUCAUAUAUUCUCCCGCAACCCCUUACUCUGCCUCCCCCCCCCACCCCCAACACAUACCUCUUCCUCCACACGUGCUUUGUUCUCGCUGAUGAGAUUUUGGCAACCCAUGUUUUCCUGGGAGCUUUCCUGACCUUGAAUAAACACUUUUGGUAACAAA